AUGAGCCAUGUUUCCAAUCGUCCAUAUGGAACCAGACUCGUCUUGCCAGCAGGGACCCCAUCCUCUUCGUCCCGCGGCGAAGUCGACCAUUCUGUCCUACCGCCGUCUGUCCUUGCUCCAUCUGGCCAUAUGAUCCCAGAACGCCGGGCGCUUGUGAAAUUAUUAUUGCACGAAGAGGUUCCCCUCGGUGCAUUGUCGGCGUCGGUCCCUCGCCACGACCCGCUAUUGGCUGCCCUCUUGCUUGACUUUUGA